AUGUCGUUGUCAUUUAGUUAUGAUACACUAUUGUUGUCAUUAGCUAUCGCAGUAGUAAAAGAUUCAUUUGAUAUGAAUCGCUUUCAAAAAUAUCAUUUUACAUGGUUAAUUAUCUUUGUAUCGUUUUUGGUUUUUAUUGAAAGUUUUACUCCAGUAGAACGUAUAAGACAGAGUAUUGCUCUCGUAGGAAAUAAGCUUUAUUUUUUUGGUGGACAGACUGCUUUUUUGCCGUCAACAAAGGAUGUUUUCUACCUUGAUGUAUCUCCUUUACAAUUAAAUACAUUAAAUCCUCCAUGGACUGAUAUUUCGAAAACUGCUCCAAUUACCGUAAAUUCGUCAUAUGUGAGUGCGUGUGUGGGUGGAUCUGUUAAUAAUAGCGUAUUUCUUCUAGAAUUCCAUGGUAAAGAUAAUGCAGUGAGUAGCGUGAUGAAUGUAUAUGUAUUUGAUGCGGGAAACCAACGAUGGACUUCUCCUAUAAUAACUGGAACAGCUCCUACGAAUUCUCAUACAGCUGUGUUGGCUCCAAAUGGUUAUGUUAUCAUUUACGGUGGAUCCCGUAAUUCUACAAUUGCAG